AUAAGUUCACAGAACAAAGCAACACGAAAGCCAAAAGAACAUCUCAAAAUGCUCACGACACGACCAACAUUUGUCUCUGUCGGUUUCUUCCUCCUCUUCCUCUCUCUACCUCUAUCCUCUCUCUCUCAACCAUCAGCGUCGUCCUCAGUCUACGACUCCUUCCUCAAAUGUCUCUCGGAGAAGACGAAAACAUCGCAAUCCGAAAACGCCAAAAUCGUCUUCUCUCAGACCAAUCCUUCUUACACCUCCGUCCUCCGCGCUUACAUCCGCAACGCGAGAUUCAACAAAUCCUCCACUCCCAAACCAACCAUCAUCGUCACUCCUCUCUCCUAUAGCCACGUCAGCGCCGCCGUCCUCUGCUCAAAGCCUUUGAAUUUCGUCUUCAAGAUCCGAAGCGGCGGCCACGACUACGACGGUCUCUCCUACAUCUCCGACAAACCCUUUUUCAUCCUUGACAUGUCCAACCUCCGCAAAGUCUCCGUCGAUCUCGCCGAUCAAACGGCUUGGAUCUCCGCCGGAGCCACUCUCGGCGAGGUUUAUUACCAUAUCUGGGAGAAAAGCAAGGUCCUUGGAUUCCCUGCAGGAGUUUGUCCGACGGUUGGUGUCGGAGGUCACUUGAGCGGCGGCGGUUACGGUAACAUGCUGAGGAAGUUCGGUUUGUCUGUCGAUCACUUCAUCGAUGCGAAGAUGGUUGAUGUAAACGGUGCCGUUUUGGACCGGAAAGCGAUGGGGGAAGAUCUUUUCUGGGCUAUCUCUGGCGGCGGAGGAGGAAGCUUCGGCGUCGUUUUGGGUUAUAAGGUCAAGCUCGUACCGGUUCCGGCAACCGUGACGGUGUUCCGGGUGGAGCAGUAUAUGGCUUCCGGAGCGGUGGACAUGGUUCACAAAUGGCAGUUCGUUGGUCCGAAAACCGACAAGAAUCUGUUCAUGAGGAUGCUGAUUCAACCGGCGACUAGAAACAAGGUGAAGACGGUGAGGGCCACUGUGGUGGCUCUGUUCUUAGGGAAAGCAGACGACGUCGUUUCCCUCCUUGCUAAGGAGCUUCCUGAGCUAGCUCUAAAGAAGGAGAACUGUAGGGAGAUGACUUGGUUCCAGUCUGCUUUAUAUUGGUACAAUUACUUAAACGCUACUCAGACCGAUCCUAAAGUGUUUCUUGAUCGGAAUCUUGACUCCUCCGGCUUUGGUAAGAGGAAGUCUGAUUAUGUCGAGACCGAGAUUCCAAGAAAGGGGAUUGAGUCUCUGUUCAAUAAGAUGAUUGAGUUAGGGAAGAUAGGGCUCGUUUUCAACCCCUACGGUGGAAGAAUGGCGGAGAUCGCGGAGGACGCAACACCGUUCCCUCACCGAAACAUGCUUUUCAAGAUUCAGUACUCUAUUAACUGGAAAGAUUCAUCUCAAGACUUAGAGAAGCGUUACUUGAAACAAGCCAAAACGCUCCACAGUUUCAUGACCGGGUUUGUGAGCAAGAAUCCUAGAGGUGCCUACUUGAACUACCGUGAUGUCGAUAUCGGGGUGAAUGAUCAUGGGGAGGAUAGUUAUAAGGAAGGAGAGGUGUAUGGAAGGAUGUAUUUUGGUAAAAACUUUGAUCGAUUAGUCAAGAUUAAAACCGUGGUGGAUCCGGAUAAUUUCUUCAGGAAUGAACAGAGUAUACCUACCUUGCCAAGUAAGGUAUAUUAUGCAAUUAAUGAGGCUUUACACCCGCCUAUCCUGGACCAGUAUAAGAGGAAGAAUAAGGCUGUGGCCCAACAGUGAGAGACCGAUCAGAGCACAGCUUCUAGAAAGACAGGUGGAUGAUCUAGAAGACUGCUGUGGAUAAGGAAUAAAGAAUAACACCUGAGGAGCAAAGGGGGAACAUAUCACGUCCUGCUACGGUCUCUUAACCACGGGUGACGAGCUGUGGUUGGCUAGUGGUCAUUUCCUAUAUAAGCUCUAGUCUAUCUUUGUAAUAGGUAUCGAGUAUUUGAUCAAAGUGAUUGUAGGGGAGCUGAGAGAAUUCCUUUGGAAGUCUUUCAACCUUGUAACCGUUUGGAUCUUAAGAAGUAAUCAAGGAAUAUUUCAUAAGGUUUUUACUUUUACACUGAACUCG